AAUACCUAUUCCUUCAUCAUCAUGGACCUCUCCACAAGCGGAAGUCUACCAUGUCAUCUCCCACUCUCCCUGCUCACCAACCUACAAACUCCACCAAUUGACACCUCAUUCUCCUCACCACCUGCCACGUCAUCAUCAUCUCUACUGAGCCCAUCACCAUCAUCUGCAUUCCGUCCGGUGGUCCCAAAAAGUUUGAUGAAUCCACAACCGGCGAUGGACACAUUCUACAUGUCGGCUAUCCAGUCACUGGUGGUCUCAACUACAAAUGACGAUCAAUACAGUGAACAUGGAGCACUUGAAGGCAGUAAAUCACUAGCCAAGGACGAGAACGCCUCCACAUCAGCUGGCACAAUUCUGUGUCAAGUGUGUUCGGACAAGGCCAGCGGUUUUCAUUAUGGUGUUUUUGCGUGUGAAGGAUGCAAGGGUUUCUUCCGUCGUUCCAUCCAGCAAAAGAUCACCUACAGAGCGUGCACACGGGCCGAAGACUGCCUGAUCCUUCGUAACAACCGUAACAGGUGUCAGUGCUGCAGACUGAAGAAAUGCCUAGCAGUUGGAAUGUCUAGGGAUGCCGUCCGAUUUGGCAGAGUGCCAAAACGUGAGAAAGCACGAAUGUUUGAGGAAAUGCAAAAGACAAAUGUUCAAUCACAAAGAGAUCAAAUUGCAAUUCAAUAUGAGAAUUUGACAGAGGUCAUGCACAAAAUCAAUCAAGCUUUUGGAACUUUGCAAGCAACGCUCGAAAAGUGCACGGGACCAAUCUACACAGACAGGUGUCCUAUUACAAGCAAUUUUAUUGUAAUUCCGUUGAAAGCCGCCAUCGACUUUGCCAACUCUAUUCCAGCGUUUUUAUCGAUUACUCAGACACAGAGAGUACACUUGUUACAGAACAGCGUAUUUGAUGUGAUGCUUCUUGCCUCGGCCUCCGCCUCAACAUCCCAACACUUCCCACCAGGAGGCUUAACCUACGACCAGUCAUCCGCCAACCCAAUUAUCCCCCAGGCAAUUCAAUCGAUAUCCGCCAGAAUUCGACAACUUCCACCACAAACUGUCCCGAUUCUCACAGCGAUUGCAGUUUGCCAGGCGGAUUUGUUGCCGGAAAGUCAGCAGCCAAUGCUACUAGCUGAACGUCUUUGGUGUGUACUUGGAAAGCUCGGAGGUAUCCAAUCAUUGGCAACUGCACCAUCUCUGUUGGCUGAUGUUCGUACUUUGAGACAGUGGCAUAGUGAUCGACUUCGGCAGAUGUCUCAAAUUUCUCAGCACUUCUCGCAAAAUCUCCUGAUUGCUCCAGUAGCUGCUGCAGCACCCGUACUUCUUCCACCGGCAUUCUUGUCCCCACCCGCAUCGGCGACAUCAACGUCAUCAUCAUCAGUAAAAUCGGAAUUCAUCGAACGUCAUCCAUCGAUCGCCUCACUUUUGGAGAGACCACGUCGAAUCAGCAGUUCUGGAGCACAAGAGCCUCUGAAUUUGUCACUUCCUCACGUACGUCAUCAAGUGAAAAGAGACGUGGAUUCUGAUGAGCAAUUAGAGGAGAUGAAGGUAUCGCCUGUGCCAACGACACUCUCCGAAUAAUCAGUGAUGAUCUGGUUUCACGAUCCAAAAGCAUCGUUGAGCAACUAUUCGUUCGAACUCUUUGACUUGAAGCGUACAGUGAAGCCUGUUUUCUUCGGAAUUCACGGCUUGAUUUCUCAUCCCGAAGACAGCAUACUACUCGGCCGAACUCUUCGCGGAAUCGUCCUGAAAUGUUUUUUUUGUUUAGUUUUAGAUUUUUUUUUUUAAGUUUUUCUUUCUUUUAUUUUUCGGUUUCAUUAAAUUUAGCGUAAUUGAUUUAGAUUGUGGCAAAAAUUUUAGCUUACUAGACUCCCUGAAAGCCGAGUUAUACCCCGUUGAAGUUACGUUGGCCUAGAAAAAAGCUAGGCCGCCAUCUUCAAACUAUUAUAACUGUGCUCCAAGUUGUCCAAAUGAACUGAAACUGUAUUGCUAGACUAAACAGUUUUGAUCAACUCUAGUGUGGAUAAUUUGGUGGCCUAGAAAUAUUAAUUUCAAAAUCAUGGAAUUUUCUAGGCCACCUUACUUGAAACUUUUUACUUUAUUUAAUGGAAUUUUUGAUUUUCUCAUAGAGUUUGACAUUUUCUGAAAUUAUCAAGCCGUUAAGUCAUCUGAGAGUAAAACUAAGCCGUUUUGAAAAUUGAUGGCCUAGCUUUUUUUUAGGCCAUCAGUUUAAAAAUGGUCAUAAGUUCCUUCCCAGGUGCACUAGGAUUCUAAAAUUUUUGCCACUGACUAAAUCGGCUACGCUAAAUUCAACAAACGUACUUAUUCUACGGGUCCGAAAUAUCCGAUUUUCUCACAUUUCCCUUCCCAUAAUUUCUGACCCGGUUGAUUUCUAGGCAUUGUUACCGUAACCCCCACCCACCCCAUCAGUUGAAAUCUCAAAAUUGAAUAUCUCACGUGUACAUAUCUCACUUUUUUUCUGAUUUUUCGUUUGUUUGAUUUUUUAAAAUUAUAUAUAAAUCUGUUGGUUU